UGCUUGGCCUCCACCUGUGAAGGGACCGUGAGCGCGAGAAAGGAGGAGGGGGCGCACGCGCGUCAGAGGUUCCCCCGCUCCGAUCGGGCCCCCUUCUCCCCCGCCCCGGCAUGGGGCGCUGCGGCGGCUGUCCCUUCCUCGCCGGCCGGGCUCCCCCCGAAAGCUGCUCGCCUCAGCAGGGCCUGUAGGGGGAGAGGCCGGAGGAAGACGGCGAGACCCCCCCCCUUGCAUCCAUCCUCCGCCUGCCCCCUCUCGCCACCUCCGGCUAUGAGGAGAAACUCCCGCCUUCAGUGACCAUCGCCGCCGCCGCUCUCGCCAUGGCUCAGGCCGAGAAAAUGGAGCUGGACCUGGAGCUGCCGCCGGCCGGGAGUGACGGGGGCGGCCUGAGGCGCUCCAAUAGCGCCCCCCUCAUCCACGGGCUCAGUGAUAAUUCACAGGUUUUUCAGCCUUACGUCUUGCGGACCCGCAGGAACAGCACAACAGUAAUGAACCGGCACAGCAUGCUGGUAUCAUCAUCUCCAAUUCGUAUUCCUAGCAGCCGGCUCCAUCAAAUCAGAAGGGAGGAAGGAGUGGAUUUGAUGAACAGAGAAACAGCACAUGAAAGGGAAGUGCAAACAGCAAUGCAGAUAAGCCAGUCAUGGGAGGAAAGCUUGAGCCUGAGUGACAAUGAUUUGGACAAAUCUGAAAAAUCUUCAUCUCCAAAGAGGAUAGACUUCAUUCCCGUUUCUCCAGCACCAUCGCCUACAAGGGGAAUAGGAAAGCAAUGUUUUUCCCCGUCCUUGCAAAUGUUCGUGAGUAGUAAUGGAUUGCCUCCAAGCCCCAUUCCCAGUCCCACAAGGAGAUUUUCAAACAGGAGAAGCCAGAGUCCAAUCAACUGCAUCCGGCCCAGUGUUCUUGGUCCCAUUAAAAGGAAAGGUGAGAUGGAAACUGAAAGCCAGCCAAAGAGACUCUUCCAAGGAACCACCAACAUGCUUUCUCCUGACGUGACACAUUUGACAGACCUCAGUUCCUGCUUGUCUUCAGAUAUUCUGGAUGGGAGCACAAGCAGCGUCAGCUCAUCAUCCGAUUCUCUGGCCAAAGGCAGCACUACUACAGAAUCUCCAGUCGCAUGUUCAAACUCAUGUUCUUCAUUCAUCUUAAUGGAUGACCUUUCACCCAAGUGACUUAUCCAGUCAUCAGUCAAUAUCUGCCUGUGCUGUUACCAUACUGUACGUACGUACAGAAAAACCCAUGCAGUUAAAUCCUUGAGGACCAGAGGAUUUAAAUAGUGGGAAUAUUAACAUAACCUUAUUCCACGGUAUCUUCUUGAAGUGAUUUUGAUUAUCCUUCUCAAUGGACAUAUGCUACUGAUGACUGGGUUUGCUGAUUUUUUAAAAUUUUAUUUUUACAGAUAUUUCCCAGAUUGUACUAACUUGCUUUCAAGGAAACUGCAUACACUUUAAAAAAAAUCCCAAGCAAACACCUUUGUUGUAUUAGCAUUAUAACUGUAGAGGGAAAAACUAUCCACUGUUGCUAUCAUGAUUACUUGUUCUGGAGGUAAGAAUAGUGGUUACAGAGUUGUUAUGUAAUCUUUGUUUGAGAUACUUUUUAAUUUUUUUAAAUAAACUAGAUUGCUCUUGAUAUUUGUUUAGGAAGAAUAGAGUACUUCUCCUGAUUGGGCAUAUUUUGGACUAUGCUUUCCCCCACCCUAAAAAUAAUCAAAUCAAAAUAUAAAAUUGUCCCUCCUUUUCUUGUUGCAACCUCCCUUGUCAUCUUUCCCAAAGAAAGGAAAGGGGUUUCAGACUGUCCUUUAGGCUUUGGUUCAGUUGCUCUUACGGUGCUAGGAGCCAGUAAUGCUUUAUUUUUUAAUUGCAAAAUGUUGUUAUAGCUUCUUGAUACUCACAAUGGGAAGAAGAGAAAUAAACUGCCUGUACACAGCUAGUUAACUCUCCUGCAGAAUUCUCUGACCCAGACUACUUAAAGGUUAUGUGAAUUACAGCCAGUAGUUGAGGAAGCCUUUUUGGCCUUGAGGAUGCAUGACAGAACAGUGGGAGCUGCCACAAGGGCUUAAGGUUGCUGUUGUGAAUUGGCUGGGCCCUAGGUGUCUCCUGUGGUGUUGAGACAUGUUCGUGCCUUAGGGGGAUGUGGUUACAAAAUGGAGGAAUGUAAACCAGAGAGGUUGGGUGGGGGGAAGAACUUUUCGUUUGAGUUUUUUGUCUUGAAAAGAGUACUUGUAUCAGGUGCUAUAGCCCACUGCUGUUUUUCCUCAGUUGCUUCUUGAGAUGCUUGAUCCAAUGGGAUAGGGAGUUCUGUGAGCAGUUCUAGGAGUUCUGUGACUGUAUUGCCUUCUGUAUCAUUGGAGCGACCUUUGGGUCUGUUUUGGGAAUGGCAGGCCCAUAAGCAAGUAUUAAUUUUAGGGGAAAGGCUUUUUUAUGCUUUUGUUUGGAUGCUGGCUCGGCAUAUAGUUGGACUUUUAAAGAACUUGUAUGUAAGCUAUGAGAAGUAAACCUGCAAUACCCUGCUUUAGUGUGGGGGUGCAGCAAAUGACUUCUUAUUGAAAGAGCAAACUGGGCUUAAACAAAGAGAGCUCCAUUUGUAAUCUACUGUGUUAUGCUAUUUAUUAUUUAUAACUGUAAAAAAGUCUGGUGAUGAAUUAUAGUAUUUUUUUAUGAUUGAAAACCUUUUUUAUGUUCUGUGAGUGCUGGCUGGUCUGUAUUUAAUAGGCGACACUGUCUGCCAGAAAUGUACUCUUCCAGUUCUGAAUGUUUGUAAGUAAUUCACAUGCUCUUGUUGUCAAAGUACAAUUUAGGAUUUUCUUUGUUUUAAAGAUUCUAGCACUGAAAUUGAAGUAAGGGUGUGCUAAGCUGUAAAGCACACCAUGUGUGGCAAUACUUGCCUGGCUAAGUAGGGGACGGGGGAGAGAUCUAGUGUAUUCUGGUGGAAAAAAACAGAGGCAGGGGGAAGCUUUGUUUUUCAUACAUAGCAUUUGCUUUUAAGUGUAGGUUGUUUUUGUUUUUUUGCAGUUGUAAUAAGUACCAUACUUUGGCCAGUGGUACUUCUGUUAUCUGUAUUUCUAUACUCACCUGUGGAGAGCUCCCCCUAUCUCCAAUAAAUGUGCAUAUUGUAAAUUAUCACCCAGUGGUGCCAUUUUUUAAAAAAAAGGUGGUUGAUCAGCGUGUGAAUUGUAUUUGGAUAUGCUCAGUGCUGUUUCUUGCAUAAUGGCUGCUGCUUAGACUGCUUUAACUUAAGAGGGAUUUUUUUUGUCUUUGCCUUGUUUUUCUUUGCUUUCUUUAGCUACGUAAAGUCUGUUUUUAUGUUAUGUUUGCAAAAUAACUCUGUGAUGAAGUUCAAUUUGUAAACCCUUCUCCAUGCACUUAAGAACUGUGACACCGAAAUCCACUUGACAGGUGGCAGUAGAAUAAAACUUUUUGCAUGCUUCCUUGUAGUGGGAAAGCUUUUGCUUUUAUUUUUCCCAUUGACCUGUUUGAGUGACCUAUUCAAAACCACUGUCUGUUUUUUAGAAGUGUGGAGUCUUGUGUAAAACUUUGGCCUUUGUACACUUUAAAAUGUGCAAGAUUCAUAAAGCAAAACACACAGCAACCUAGUUUUGUUCACUUGUUUUUUAUUACAGUGUUAUUUGUGUCUCAAACUCUUUUGCC